AUGGCCUCUCGUUACGUGGGUUGCACCUUGUUGUCAGGUUUUCUCUUCCCGCGAGGACUCUACCUCAACUUCCUGCAUUGGUGGCGGGGGCAUUCGACCUUGCAUCCCAUUCACCAAUUGAGCCAACACCGUUGCGGUGUGCUGAAUGGCCUGAUCAGUUGCCCGGGGCACCAUAGGCGUGACCGGAGCCUCAAGGCUUCCACCGCGGUUGUUGUUGAGUUAGUCCCAGAGGUCUUAGGAAAAGACACUCGUCAUAACUUUGUUCAUCCUCUGCAUGAGGCUUUUUGUUUAGAAGGAAUCAAUGCCUUCAAAGAUGACAUUAAUCUCAACAAGGGGGAUUGGAUUCGACAAGAGCUUUUUCAUGUCAUUGAAACAUCUUGGAUAGCCAUCCCAAUCCUGUCUAAAGAUUAUGCUACCUCUGCAUGGCAUUUGAGGGGUAGCUUUGCACAAGCUUUUGCUAUGCAUGAAAUAGAGCACAAGGAUUACCCCAAGAAGGUGAGGAGGUGGAAACAAGCCGUGAGUGAGGUUGCCGAGAUAUCCGGUUUUGACCUACUUAAUGAGGUCUAUAAAGGGGAUCAAUCAAAGUGCAUCCAUGAUAUUACUGAAGAAGUCCAAAAAAAAUUAGAUGCUAUAAGAAAGGAAGAGCAUAAGAGUAUUGCCUUUGUAGAAUAUCAUUUGCCAAGAUUGAACUCACUAUUGAGAAUGGAAUCACCGGCAACAACUCAAGAUGUUCUCUUCCUAGGAAUUUGGGAGACAAAUAAUAGCACUACCAUAUUGAUGAAGAAAAUUUUUAACAUGUUCUCCGACCUUUUUGAGAGCGUGUGUUUGAUACAAGUGAAUAAUUUGAAAAAACGAGGAUUGAUGUCACUUCAAAAGAAGUUGCUAAAGAAAGUCGAUAUAAAACCGAACUUGAAUGUUAUGAACGCGAUUCAAGGAAUGGGUAUGAUAAAACAAAAAUUUUGUUUAAAGAAGGUUCUUGUUAUCCUUGAAGGUAUUGAUACUUUACACCAGUUACAUGCAUUGGUUGGAUCACGUAAUUGGUUUGGUUCGGGUAGUAGAAUAAUAAUCACUACAAGUGAUAAAUCAGUGCUAAUUGAUCAUGGAAUGGACAUAUUAUAUGAGCCUACAAUGGCGAGGGAAUAG